CGUGAGUGCGGGGCGGAGGGACGGACCACGCGGCGGGCCGGGCGGGGGGGGCAUCCCCAGGCUGUGUCAUCUGCUCCCUUUGCUGGACCUGUCUCUGCCAGCUGAGCUGAGAUGGCGGCGAGCCGGGCGCUGAGCGCCCUGCGCUUCCACGCCGCGUCCCGGCCGCCGCUCGUGGCCUGCGUCCGCAGCAAUUCCAACCGCGCCGCCAUCUCCCACCUGCACCGGCAGCUCUACGGCCGCCUCUACCCCGUGCUGCUGGUCAACACCGACGGCUCCACCGUCCGCCUGCGCUACAGCGAGCCCAAGAGGAUCCUCAUGAUUCCCUUGGACAGCAGCACGCUGCCCGAAGCCGAGCGCAAGGCUCGUCUGCGCCGGCACUUCCCCAGCAAGCCUAAGGCCAAGGAGGAGGAAACCUUCGAGGGCAUCGACCUGGACACCUACAAGAAGUUCUGGAAGAAGUGAAGCGCUGAAACCAGAACUGUAUAAAUCUAUAAAUAAAUAUACCUCUAAGUGAA